CCGGUGGCCAUAGCCAGUGUCCAGCAGGCCGCCUUCGCGGACCACAAUAUCCAGUACCAGUUCCGCACAGAGAACAAUGUAGCACAGGUGACAUACAGAGUGGUCCAGGUGACGGACAGUCAGCUGGAUGGACAGAAGGACGCGACGGGGGCUGUCAGCGUAGUCUCGACAGCAGCCUUCGCUGGAGGCCAGCAGGCUGUUGCCCAGGCUGUGAUCCAGAACCCGUUCAGCAAUGGCGGGAGCCCGGCGGCAGACGCGGUCAGUGGGGAGGCCCGCUUCGCGUAUUUCCCCGCCUCCACGGUCGGGGACGCCACGGCGGUGUCGGUCCAGACCACGGAUCAGUCCCUGGCACAGGCUGGAGGCCAGUUCUACGUGAUGAUGACCCCCCAGGAGGUGUUGCAGACUGGGACGCAACGCACCAUCGCUCCCCGCACCCACCCGUACUCCCCGAAGAUGGACGGGACGCGGACGCCCCGCGACGAGAGGCGGCGAGCCCAGCACAGGGAAGUGGAGAGGAGGAGGCGAGACAAAAUUAACAACUGGAUUGUCCAGCUAUCGAAAAUCAUUCCAGACUGCAACACUGACAACAGCAAGACGGGCGCGAGCAAAGGCGGCAUCCUGUCCAAGGCUUGCGACUACAUCCGGGAGCUGCGCCAGACCAACCAGCGCAUGCAGGAGACCUUCAAGGAGGCCGAGCGACUGCAGAUGGACAACGACCUCCUACGGCAGCAGGUAGCCAGGGAGGCGCCCGUCUCCCAAUGGAAGAAUGAAUGA